AUGAAUGCUGUGCCAACAAUCAAUAUCAGCGAUUACGGAAAUGGUACUUACCAAGACUUCGUGGAGAAGUCGUUCUUUGAAAUGAACGCGGACCUCAGUUAUAUGAACCAAUUGAGACCGAGUCUGAAUGCAUUAGCAGCUCAGGUGCUAUCAUCUGGCAGACCAGUCAAGAUUGACUCGCCUUGUGGCGCUUCGUGUAUUUACGACAUCUCUAUCGAGGGGCCCCGGUUUCGUUGUCAGGAACUUAAUCGUCGCGAUGCUCUGUCGGACGGCUGCUCUGUCAUCUACAGAGCGGCAGAUGAAAAAGACAGCAGUCCCGAUGAACCAUAUAGCCGCAGCAAUAACUCUUUUAAGAUAAGCUGGUACACUGACCCUAGACCAGAGAAUUGCACGUCACGGAGUAUGAAGACCCUGGACUGCUCUAUGAAGUUGGCGACAUACAAUCUUCAUAUCAAUAACUCACUUGACUCAUCUCAGUCUAUCUAUGUGCAUAUUGAAAAUGAAAGGGAGGUCUGGUCGGAGAAAGCUUGGAUCCAAACACAAUUCUUCUAUUACUUCUUUUAUGGUGGCGGCAUUACGCCUCGUCUCGCCAACGACAGCUUAGAAGCAAAUUUCACCAAUGCUCAAGCAUAUGGAAUCAGCCGGGCUGCGGUGAAUGCUUUACAAGGCGAGGUAGAGAUGCAUAGAGAUGGCCCCGGACUGGGGGUUAUUUUCUUCCACGGCAAUGCAUCACAAGUACUAGGGAGCCCCUAUAUUGGAUUAGUCGACAGAUAUAAUGCUCAUUUCAACAUUUCCGCGGCAGGUAUUGAGAGAUACCUACAAGAUGUUGUGAUUUCGACGAUUUCACUUAGGAUGUCGACAUACAACGGGGAAAUUAACGCAUCCAUCGGCGCAGAAGUUUAUCAGUUUAGUGAGAAGGUUCAGUUUAUUGCCGGGGUCGCCCCAGCGAGAGAUGCCAACAGCGCAAGACCAGAUGCAGCGGCGAGCAACCAUGCAAUGGAUGUAGUAAAGCCUCCACCAGAUGCCUCUAUCCUCGCGCAACACGCUAUCGAUCUUCGCGUUGUAGCAAAGGCACCACUCCAAGAGUCAGAAAAUGUUCAAUCAGAGAAGGAAUCUCUGGAGGACGGCUCAGAGAGCCUAGAUUCAAUGGCGCAGAGCUGGCCCCUCGAGGCUCCAUGUUCGGAAUUAGCAUAUGACAACUUCGAUGACUUCAUACGCCUUACCGAGCGGCAGCUGUUUCAAGCCGACCAUCAUAGCGACGGAAGCGUUUCUCCCUGCAGAGCACUAGAAGCUCUUGAUCACAACAACUGGUGUCAAGUUCUCGCGAUCUAUGAAGAGGAAGUCGGCAUGAUGUAUCCAUUUCUCGAUAUCAGUCAGUUGAGCCAUGAGAUGCUUGAGAGACGAACACAGUCUGACUCCGAUUGCCCUCGUUCUGGUGGCCUGUUUGGCGAAGGUAUUGGCAAUAUCGCCUUCCUAGUAUUGGCGAUCGUCUCAAGCUUUGAAGGCUCCAAGGCUGUCGAAAUCGUGAGUCCCAUAGUCGAAGAGGCUUUCGUUUCAACCAUCCCCAAGAUAUACCUAAAAUCCCCAAGUUUAGGUGACUUGACAUUACUGACUCUGAUUUGUAUCUUCUUCUUUCUUAACGAUCGUGAGAAAGAGGCAUGGAGAUUAAUUGGUACCAUCUUGAGACUUGUACAUGAGCAAAGCUCCCAAGAGGAAGAGACCGCUCCUGAGAAAAUCUUGGACACAUUCUUCUGGUCUUUAUAUACCUUGGACCGAAGAUGGAGCUUUGGUACUGGGCUACCAUUCGCAGUUCAGGACUCCGAGAUCAACCGGUCGUCACUGCCAACGAACGAAAGCAGCCAUUCAUUAACUUAUCUCAAAGAAAUGGUUUCAUUUUGUGGCAUAGCCUCUGAUGUCAAAAGCUUCUUCAUUAGCCCUUUGGCAUCUCGACUUCAAGACUCUAACUCAACUCAGGACUAUCUGCAGUUUCGAGUACUUCAGUGGCAGCAGAAUCUGCCACGUCGAUUACAAUUUACUGGUAUUGAGGACAAAUUCGACGCUGCAGUUGAGAAACGCGGAGACUACAAGCUCCGAUUAAUGCUUUAUCUGCGAGCUAAUCAGAUGAGAACAAUAAUUCUCCGUAAAGCCGCAAGUCGUUUUGGUUCUCACAAUAUCGACACAUCAAACUUUCAGGUCAUGAUCCAGGUUGCUCGAGACUCGAUCCAAGUGCUGGCCAGACUGGCUAGGGAUACCGACAUAUAUCAUGCUCAGCACAAGACGUUUAACCAUUUCCUCGAGACCGCUUUGUCGUCUCUGCUUCUUGUUACCUGCUAUGCCAACCCCGAUCAGAGCAAGUCUUGUCUCCAAGAUGUGGUUACUGCAACACAGCUGAUCCACCGACUGGCGAGAGAGUCUCUGAUCACGAGGCGGCUGAGGGAUAAAUUGCAAACCAUACGGAAGGCUACCGAUGAAUUGAGAUCACAGAGAUACACAGGAAGCGGGGGCUUCGGGCCAGUUCCUGGUACAGGGGCGAUGAGUGCUGGCCAAGACCCUGGCUUUUCAGAGGCAGUACAAGCAACAAACUUGAUAGGAGACCCUAUGCUGCUAAAUGGCCUUGCUACUACGGCGAAUAUCCCAAUCGGCCUGUUUAACGUGGAUCCUGCCGACAACACUUGGACGGACACUGACCCGUCAAUGUUCAACAAUUUGAGUCAAAUUCUUGGCAACUGCGAAAGCUUCACAUUCUUCUAA